ACCUUAGUAUGACUGAACUGAAAUGGCAUAACGGUGUAGUACCUCAAUCGAUCUGUAGCGGUCCCUGUCCAGCUGGUCAUGUGAAGAAUCAUCAGGACCAAUGUUGCUGGUCGUGUUUGAGAUGUCGGGAAGAUUCAUACGUAGAUAACGACACAUGUAUAACAUGUCCACCCGGCUGGGCACCAAAUGAAAAUAAGACCGAAUGUGACAAGUUAACGCCACAAGUUAUCGAUUGGAAGAGUCCAUGGGCAUUGGUGCCACUGAUAUUUGCCGCUAUCGGUAUCGGUUGUACAGUGUUUACUGUAUGCGUUUUUAUUAAGUUUAACAAGACACCGGUGAUCAUGGCAUCCGGAAGAGAACUGUGUUAUGUAUUACUGCUAGGUAUUUUGUCCAGUUACGGAAUGACUUUCUUGAUAUUAUCCGAACCCACUGUAAGACGAUGUGCUGCGGUUCGAGUUGGUCUUGGACUGUGUCUGAGUCUGUGCUACAGUGCUAUUUUCAUUAAAACGAAUCGAAUCUCGAGAAUAUUUAAUCGUGGUGUAAAGACUGUACAUAGACCGACAUAUACAUCACCUUUAUCGCAGGUUGCCAUCUGCUUAGGUAUCGCAUUAGUGAACGUAGUUGGCACAAUUGUUUGGUUAAUUUAUGAGGAACCAGAUGUGCGGGAAGUAUACCCAUCACCAUUGACAGCCGUUUUAUCGUGCAAAGUGUCUGAGAUAUCUUUGGUGUUAUCUUUAAUGUUUAACAUGUUAUUGAUCUUGCUAUGCACGUUGUAUGCAUUUAAAACAAGGAAAAUUCCAGAAAAUUAUAAUGAAGCAAAGUAUAUUGCAUUUACCAUGUACAGCACCUGUAUCGUUUGGCUGGCAUUUCUGCCGAUUUAUUUCAGUACCAAAAAUGAUUACAGGAUUCAAAUGUCUUGUCUGUGUACGUGUUUAAUGAUAAGUGCAUCGGUGCCACUAGGAUGUCUAUUUGUGCCGAAAGUUUAUUUGGUACUGUUUCAGCCAUACAAGAAUGUACGACAGACGAAUGGGAAAAAGGUGGGUGAUGCGAAAGGUGGCAAAUACAGCAUGCAACAUUCCGUAACGAAAGUUCAGGUCGAUCAAUCAACAACGACAGUGUCGCGUACGAGUCCUAGAUUCGAUCAGCAAACAAACGACGAAAUUGAUGUGUAUGUACUGGAUCCGAGCUUGGAGCUGAAGAACUUACAAUGAGCGGUGAACAUUUAACUAAAAUACAUAUAUUUACGAAAAUAUCUUUCUCUUCUCUAUGAUGAUAAUAACUUACAUACGUGUCUCAAUGAAGGUUCUUUUCCAAUAUUUUUGAGGAAUAAAAAAAAAACAGUCACUUCGACACGAUGUUCAUGUGUGGCUAGCAGAUUAAACAUUGGGUGUGUAUAAACAUCACCGUGAAAAGUUGAUGUUAGCGAAAUAUAGGUUAUUUCACUCGUUGUUUUCAUUGUGUAUUUAUUUAAUUAACACCCACUACAUUUUCCGAAAAUCUGUCUCGUGUUAGUAGAUUUGCAUUAUCGAUUUAAUUGGUAGCAACACAUGUAUUUUAAUAUGACCUUUCGAACAGAUGUAAAACGUGUGUUCACAUAAAUUAGAUACAUUGGUUGUCUCUGUGUCUAAUGAAUGGUAUCACAAUGAAUUGAAAUGGUUGUAAUUUAUCAUGUAACACGGUAAUUCGAGGAAUUCUCUCGUUUACGAUAUAAAUGUCAUUUUACAAUAUUAAUAAUCUGCAAACGGAUUAUUUCUUAAUUUUCAAUUUGCUCAUUCCGCAAAUGAUGUCUUCGGGAGAAAUUUAUUUUUCAAAGAAUUUCACGCCGAAUGAGCGAUAUUGCUUUCACGUCGUUAAAAUCGUAAAGCUUCGGAACAAAAAAAUUUAGUAAUUUGUCAUGGGAAGAAGAUGGAAAAACGAACAGAAAUGAAUACCGAAAAAUAUUUCCAAUUGAAGCCUGUACUUUGAUUCCGUUCAUAUUUGGUUGUAGAACCUGAAUGGAAGGCAGAUAUAGAUAUGGAUAGAUUGUUAACGAGAAAUCAACGUAUUAUGUUCAAAUUUAUCCACAUUUCAUUUUUGUUUUUAGUUAUCUAUUGUAGAAAGAAUUUCAAAUCAAAUUGUGCGAGGAUUUUUCAAUCUAAUUGCGCCCAUUAUUCUCCAUGUACAUACACGACUAGACAUUGAAUUUAUUGUUACAUUUAUAGAUUUUAUACAGAAAUCCAUUUUUGUAAAAGAAAGGAAUUUAAUUAAUUAAUUUAUGAAAAUAGAAUAAAGAUAUUGAUUGUUGCUUAUUAUGUAUAACGGAUAGAUGCUCAAUAACGUAGAAAAAUGGACGGAAUAAUAACAAUACAAUCAAGCUAAUGAAUUAGGCAGCAUUGUUGCUCAAAUAGUAUAUUUAAAAGCAAAUUGUGUUAAACACGAGGUUCAAUAUGUUACCUACGAGACAGUAUUAAUCAAAAAAAAACAUUUAAUAUAAAAAUGAAUAAAAUAAAAAUUUUAAUUUUAAUUAAAUGUUAAAUUGUAAAUGUAAAAACUGAUGGACGUGUCGGGUUGCUGAAUUAAAAUACGAAACAUAAAGUCAUUUUCACAAUGGGAGCUGUGGUAACUCGG